AUGCCCGAAAAGGUGCGUACCGUGUUCGCAGACUCGGACGAUGAGAAGAUCGUAAAGCACAAGCUCUCGCCCCCACCGACAGAAGAGCCCGAGCGAAAGAAGAAGAGAAACAAGAAGCGCAAGCUCGAUUCCACAACCUCCAUACCCGCCGAUCAAGAUGAACCGAGGGAAAUCGCUGCACCUGCCAAGCAGGUAGAAACAGCAGCAUCCGUGCCGAAAAAUCUGCCAGCGAAAGCAUCUCAAACGAACGGGCCACCAGCAGCGAAACCGUACACGAAAUCGAAGUCGAAACCUCUCACCGAUACCAAGACCAACUUCAUACCCUUACGAGAAAAGGCCAAAGCCCUGCUCGAGACGCGCCGAAAGCUUCCCGUAUUCGAAAAUGCCGAUUUGAUCCGCGAUCUACUACGGGAACAAGAUGUGAUGCUUUUGGUCGGUGAGACGGGUAGCGGAAAGAGUACGCAGAUCCCGCAGUUCCUAGUAGACGAAUUCUGGUGUCGGCCCGUACCUACGCAAAUUACACGGGACGGAAAGACAGAAAAGAAAGUGGUCGGAGGAUGCAUUGCUAUCACACAGCCCAGACGAGUCGCUGCUAUUUCGCUGGCACGCCGUGUAGCUGAGGAGAUGGGAACACCGCUUGGAUCGCAUUCGCCUGCCAGCAAGGUUGGCUACUCCGUGCGUUUUGAUACGUCAACGUCACCUAGUACGCGGGUUAAGUUCUUGACUGAGGGAAUGCUGCUCCAGGAGAUGUUGCACGACCCGAACUUGACUAAGUACAGCGCCAUUGUUGUCGAUGAGGUCCACGAACGAGGAAUUAAUGUGGAUCUCACACUCGGAUUCCUGCGUAAUCUUGUAUCUGGAAAGAAAGAGGGCCGGGGUGGUGUGCCGCUUAAGGUGGUUGUCAUGAGUGCAACGGCCGAUAUGGAGAGUCUUACGGACUUCUUCAAACAGGGAUUCAAACAAACGGAGCCAGCACAGAAGGCUAUCCAAGCAGCCGAGGAUGAAGCCGAUAAAAUGGAUACUUCAACCCCGAAGGAUAUCUCGGUCUGCCACAUUAAGGGUCGACAAUUCCCUGUCAAAACUAUCUACUCGCCCGCGCCAGUACAUGAUUUCGUGGAUGCAGCGCUCAAAGUCAUCUUUCAGAUUCACCAGAAGGAACCGAUGCCGGGUGAUAUCCUCGUCUUCCUUACUGGCCAGGAAACUGUCGAGGCCUUGGAACACCUGGUGAAUGAGUAUGCCAUGGGCAUGGACCCGUCGCUUCCCAAAAUUCUUGUUCUACCUCUGUUCGCUGCGCUACCGCAGGCUGCCCAGCAACGGGUCUUCGCGCCUGCCCCGCCACGAACGCGCAAGAUCGUUCUAUCGACUAAUAUUGCUGAGACGUCCGUGACUGUGUCUGGUGUACGACACGUUGUUGACUGCGGUAAGGCCAAGGUCAAGCAGUUCCGCACUCGCCUCGGUCUUGACUCGCUCCUGGUGAAGCCUAUCUCGAAGUCAGCCGCCAUCCAGCGAAAAGGUCGAGCUGGUCGUGAGGCCCCUGGACAAUGUUUCCGGCUAUAUACGGAGAAGGACUAUCUGGCCUUGGAUGAGACAAACACACCCGAGAUUCUGCGUUGUGAUCUGAGCCAAGCCCUGCUGAACAUGAAGGCGCGUGGCGUUGAUGACAUUGUUGGAUUCCCGUUCUUGACACGCCCACCACGCGAAGCGCUUGAGAAAGCUCUUCUGCAGCUAUUGAACAUUAAUGCGCUUGAGGAUGAUGGCAAAAUCAGCCCGGUCGGCCUACACAUUGCCAAGCUGCCCUUGACUCCAACUCUAGGACGUGUCCUGCUGGCGGCUGCCGAGCACGGGUCUGAAUGCUUGCUCGACGUCAUUGAUAUUAUCUCUUGUCUGAGUGUAGAGAACAUUUUCCUGAAUACCACCUCAGAAGAGAAGAAGGAAGCAGCAGAGGCAGCCCGCCGCGAUUUAUACCGGCGCGAGGGUGAUCACCUCACAAUGCUGACGACUGUACGCGUGUAUGCUGCUGAACAAGCGGACCGUAAGGCAUGGGCAGAGCGACACCUGGUAUCACACCGAGCGAUGCAAUCAGUGAUGGACGUCCGCAAACAACUCCGCACCCAAUGCCGACAAGCCAAGUUGCUCACUAACGAAGCUUUGAACAAUACCUCAUUACACGACCCCUCGCCCAUUCUGAUCUUGCAGAGUUUCCUGGCCGGUUUCGCGACCAACACGGCUCGCCUUGUGCCGGAUGGCAGCUACCGCACGAUCGUUGGAAAUCAAACCGUCGCCAUUCACCCAUCGAGUGUGCUUUACGGCAAGAAGCUCGAGGCGAUAAUGUACAACGAAUUCGUGUUCACCAACCGCAGUUACGCGCGUGGCGUCAGUGCUGUGCAGAUGGAUUGGGUUGGAGAGGCUUUGGCCGGGAAGGAUUGA